CUUGCGACCAACAACAACGUUGAAGCUCUGCACCCCCUUAGCACUCACUUCAAAACCUUCUUUUCAGGCCGGAACAACGUAGACACCAAAUACGUACAACUGUUCAGCUGUCUUAUGCGAAAGUCUCCGAUCUAACAGCCAUCCGACGUGCGAAACUCCCCAUAUUGCCCCGCAGUCAUCACCUAUGGCGACGGCAAACAGCAAUGCGGAACAGGCCUUUGCGCCGGUCCUGAGCGCCGUCAACUCUAUGCGUGAUGGGACGCGGGAACAGAAGAAGGAGGCUUACGAGUUCCUCGAAAAGUUUCAGAAAUCGGUCGAGGCCUGGACGAUCGCGAUAGGAAUCCUUCAAUCGGAUGCAACUCCUGAGGCGAAAGUCUUUGCGGCUACGACCUUGAAGGGAAAGAUAACUUACGACGUCUCACAAAUACCCCGCGCUGCGCUCCCCGACCUUCGAACACAGCUGCUGGCAUUCCUAAAGCAGUAUGCGCCGGGUCCCCGGCCGAUCCGAACACAGCUAUGCGUUUGCCUGGCCAUUCUCGCCAUACAAAUGACUGAGUGGAAGGAUGUUGUUGCGAUGGUGGUGUCGACGCUUGGAACCGACGCGGCAAGCCAUGCGUGCAUGCUCGAAUUUCUCAGAGUCUUGCCGGAGGAAGUUACCGAAGGACGGAAAAUCACCUUGUCUGAAGAAGAACUCAGCCAGAGAACGCAGGAACUAUUGGGAAACAACGCGACCGUGGUUUUACAGCUGCUCAUCGACUAUUCGCAGUCCUCAGCUGAGGCAUCUACUAACCCACAUCUCCUCGAGUGUAUCAGCUCCUGGUUACGAGAGAUUCCAGUCACAGAUGUGGUAAAUUCUCCCCUCCUGAACAGCAUAUUUGGCGCAUUGGGCACGGAAGAUUCGUUUGACUCCGCCGUUGAAUGUCUUUGCACCAUUUUCAAGGAAACAAGCGACGUAGACGAGUAUAUGCAGGCCAUUGAAGUGCUAUUGCCCAAGGUUAUCCUACUGAGGCCUCGCAUUGCUGCUGCUGCAGAAGCCGAGGAUGCUGAGGUAUUUAAGGGAAUCACACGCCUCUUUGCAGAGGCUGGAGAAGCUUGGUGUCUUCUGAUAGCCAGGCAGCCAGAGCACUUCCGUAUCCUCGUGGAGUCAAUCCUUGAAUGCGCCGCAAGAGACACAGAAAAGGACGCCAUCGGCCUUACGUUUAGGUUCUGGUAUGAGCUAAAGCAAUAUCUUGUCCUGGAGAAAUAUAUUCAAGCUCGCAUGCAAUGCGUGGACGUCUACUCGAAGUUGGUUGAUAUACUGAUCAAGCAACUGGAGUUCCCUACCCCUGACGACCCAAAUUCUCUCGACCUCUUUGAUGGUGACCGUGAGCAAGAGGAGAAAUUCCGCGAGUUCCGUCACGUUAUGGGGGACUGCCUGAAGGACUGCUGUGAGGUGAUGGGAGUCACUGAGUGCCUGACAAAGGUACUUGAGUGCCUGAAGCUCUGGAUGACGAAUUAUGGAAGCUUGGCUACCCCAGAUUCCGUUCCCCACUGGCAAGCACUUGAGGCUCCGUUAUUCUCUAUGCGUGCGAUGGGCAGGAUGGUUAACAAGGAGGAAAACAUCAUCUUACCUCAGAUCAUGCCAAUACUGGUGCAGAUUCCAGCUCACGAGAAGCUCCGUUUCGCAGCUAUCAUGGUCCUCGGAAGGUAUACUGAGUGGACAUCCAACCACCCGGAAUUCCUUGAGCCACAGUUCCAAUACAUCGUCAAGUCAUUCGAUGCGGAUUCGAAGGAGAUCAUUCGGGCUGCUGCGAUGGCUAUGAAGUUCAUCUGCACUGACUGCAAGCAUCUGCUGAGUGGACAAGUUGUCGAGUUGCAGAAGUUUUAUAACUACACCCUAGACGCCUUGCCUCAAAUCAGUCAAGAAGAGCUAACGGAGGGUGUUGCGUCGGUCGUGGCUGUCCAGCCACCAAAUGAUAUAUAUGGGCUCCUGGAGUUAUACUGCGACCCUCUUGUUGAGCGGAUUAUGCGAAACGCCAACGCAGCUAAAGAUGAGGAUGGCGAGCUUGCUGUUGCCGAUGCCGUACAACUCCUUAACCCAUUCAUUCAAUGGGUUGUUCCUCGAGUUGAUCAUGGCCAGCCGGAUCCCGCAGUUCAGUAUUGCCAAAAGAUAUUCCCAUUGCUGGCACAGAUAGUCCAGACAUUCAUCAAGAGCGCGCCUAUAUGCGAACGUGUCUGCCGCUGCUGGCGCAACAUGUUCAUCUCCUACCGCACCGCGAUGGAGCCGCUUCUCCCAGUUAUGGCAGAUAAGCUGGCCCUUGGCUUCUCGGAAUCAAAGCAGGGCUGCUUCCUGUGGACUACAGCCGCCAUCCUUCGUGAAUUCGCCGAGGAUAGGGAGCACGUCAGCCCGUCGACUACCGACGCUAUCUACACCUUCUUUGAGGCACAAUCACGCACCACUCUGCGUAUGAUGUCUAGCCUCGAGCCUCACGACCUCCCGGAUAUCAUCGAGGACUUCUUCCGCCUGCUCACCGACACCGUCCUCUACUACCCCUAUCGUCUCAUCCCAUCGGAGCUAUUUACCCCUAUCCUGCAAGCAGCCCUCAGCGCUCUGGCACUAGAGCAGCGCGAGCCCCUUACUGCGACACUGCACUACUUGCGCGAUGUGAUCGCCUUCGGUGGCCCCAACCCACCUGUCUCGACCGGUCAGCUUAACCCUCCAGAAGUGCAGGCCGCCAUGCAAAACAUCCUUGCGGCGCACGGCGAGGAACUCGUGAAGCGGGUGAUGGCGGGAAUGAUGAUUAUAUUCCCACGCGACUGUUUCGCUGAUGGUAGCGGCGUACUACUGGAGCUUAUUGAGCUGAUGCCCGAGGCAGCAGUGGGUUGGGUGGCGGUAACUGUGAGGAUGCUUCCGGAGGGGACAGUAAGCCCGGAGGAGUCGAAGAGACUGAUUGAUGGUAUUGGAGCGAAGCUUAACGGGGGGCCCGAGGCAUUAAGGGGUGUUAGGAGCCUGUUGCAGGACUUCACAAACGCCUAUCGCAGGAGAUAUGUCGCUCCGCGCGAUGGACUGGGGAGGUUGGAGGCGACGAGAUUUAGGUUCAGCGAAUAAAUGGGAAUGGGGAGGGAAAUUGCGAGAUGAAAGGCGGGAGGUGAAAUGCAACAAGACGAAGGAAGAUGGAUUGUAUGCCGGGAGGUAUAGCUGGGUUGCUGUGUGGAAGGCUGCUCUGUGAAUCUCUACUUUUUUUGCAUCGGGCAUAAUAGCGUUUUUGGUCGGCAUUGAGGGAGAAAGACUCCCUUUGAUGGGUAGAGUGGAUGUUAAAUCCGUAUGUGGGAGUGGGAGGGGGUGGUGAGGUUGGUAGAUAUACGGAGGGAUAGGAUGGAUAGGGAGAUGUGAUGAAAGGUGGUGGCUAGAUGGGGGGAUGAGGCUGAUGAUGUGGAGGCGAGUGGCUUCAUCGUGAGAUUGGCCUACCAUGACGGGUCAGUUAGCUUUCGGAAUGAAGAAAUCUAACACACCUGUCUAUCUAGCCAUUGCGAAGAGAUAGGAGGGUAUGAAGUAAUUGCUUAGCUGAGCUGAGUUGGAUUCCCAGGAUACGCUAAGAUGAAGAAAGACAAGCAUUGGGAGGACAUUUUCUCACAACCAUCACUAUUUGUUCAUAGGAAGCCAUCAUAAAAACUGCGGAGAUAUUUACACAC